AUCAAACAAACGCAACCAGUGCAAAUUUUCAACAGAGCAACAAUGGCUUUGUUACGCUACACACGCGACUUGUUCUUGCGAGCCGUGUGCGUCGUCUACCUCUUCGCGUUCAUUUCUUUCUACGUGCAGAUUCCAGGAUUGUACGGAGAUAACGGCAUCCUGCCGGCAAAGGCAGUGCUGGAAAACAGCAAGCACAAGACCUUUGCUGAUAAAGUGCAUUAUGAGCCCACACUGUUGUGGAUAGCUUCAUAUGUAGGCCUGGACACCAACUAUGCAUUGGACCUUUUGGCCCUUUUGGGCAGCUUCUUAGCAUUCACUGGAUUUGUUUCACAGAAGUUUUGCACAAUUCCACUAUUUGCUGGAUUAUGGUCCCUUUACUUUUCUCUGUAUCAAGUUGGACAAGUAUUUGUAACAUCCCAAUGGGAUGAUUUACUUUUGGAAACAGGCUUUUUGUGUUUACUAGUUGCACCGCUCAUUCCUCGGAAACCGAGGGGAUUAAAAGUGUCACCAUGUGAUAAAAUUAACAUGUGGCUGGUGAAAUGGUUGUUGUUCAGAUUCAUUUUUAGCAACGGUGUUGUAAAGUUAAUUAGUGGUUGUCCAAAAUGGUGGGAUUUAACAGCACUUUCUUAUCAUUUCGAGGCGAUGGUGUUGCCUACACCACUCUCAUGGUAUGCCCAUCAUUUACCACUUUGGGUUUUGAAGUUGACUGCAGUUUAUGUGCAAGUCGCUGAAUUGGCUUUGCCAUUCUUGUUCUUUAUUCCAGUCAGAAGUGUCCGUGUCACCGGAUUCGUGUUUCAAAUUGUGUUGCAAAUGUUCAUUGUCCUCACUGGCAAUUUCUCCUUCCGUGACUUGCUCACAGUAGCACUACUGAUUUCGCUGUUAGACGACAAUUUCUUCUACAAGAUCCGCAAUGCAAAGAACAAGUCAAGAAUUAUUCCCAACUUGUUCAGCGUGGUUCUUCACUUAGCCGUCUGCUAUGCCGUGUAUCUUUUGUAUCAAUUCAAGUACAAUGAUAAGGUUGGAGAACUGGACGUAAAAAUCAAUUUUACGAAAGAACAGUUUAAUCUAGGUUUGCAAUACGCUGUCAUUACCGCAACCUUUUUGGGUUCGUCCACUUUGUUCAUGACGAUUCUGCAAGCUUUGGCGAAAUCCGCAAAUGAAUAUUCGGGCGCUGUUAAAUAUGGAAACAUUGCAAAGACUGUUUUGUUCGCUGGUAUUGCAUUGGUACUGUUUUCUGGUGGCCUGGUACCAAUUCAAUCUCUUCAUAAAGGCACUAAUACCACAAUUCAAACACCCCAGAGGACCAUCUACAACCGUCUGCACAAAUUGCGCGCAAUCAACGAAUAUGGAACACUAUUCAACAAAGCUACCGGUGUCAACGGACGUCCAGAGAUUAUUAUUGAAGGUUCUAACAACAUUGAAGGCCCUUGGUUGGAGUACAACUUCUUGUACAAACCAGGGAAUGUAAACCAUUCGCUGCCGUUUGUUGCACCGUAUUCGCCACGCUUGGACUGGCAAAUGUGGUGGGCGGCUACGUCGAAGUAUCAAAAAGAAUCUUGGAUUAUGUCAUUGGCUCACCGCUUGUUAGACGGACGGCCAGAAGUUAUGGCCUUACUUGGUCCAUCUCCAUUCCCGAAAGCGCCCAAAUAUGUUCGAGCGAGUUUGUAUAGUUAUAAAUUUGCACCUCAAACCGAGAAAUAUUCGUGGUGGCGUCGAGAAAAAGUCGGCGAAUACUUCCCAGCUUUUACGAAAACCGCCCCCGCAUUGGUGGAUUACCUAGUGGCCAGAAAUCUAUUGCCCACGCCCAGCAAGGAAGCAAUCAAUCCAAUUUGGAAGCAAAUUCUCGAAGCAAUCCGUCUUGCCACGAAUCAACUCGAGGGCACCUUGUUAUUGUGGUCUGUGUUCUUAGCAGGCUGCAUUGUGAUCGCCACAUCCACGAAAAUGAAAUAAACGAAUUAUAUCGAAGGCCGCGAGAUAAACUCACGGCAAAAAGAAGAACUAAGUACAAUGAUUCAAAAAUUAAUUUAAGAGUAUAAGGAAUGAUUUACAGAGGAGUGCGCACAACAUCAAAAUAUGCAUUCGAAUGUUUAAUGGGCUAACAGGUCCUGAAUCUCAUGAAUUCAAAAUCUCACUAGUUUGUUUUAAAUUUUUGUUUCUUGAGAGUUAUUGUUUUAAAUGAUUGGAAAACUGUUGAUGUGCCAGUUCUAUAUUACUUAUUAUAAAUAUUCACGAAUGUGUACCCGCACCUGUACUGUGAUGUUGUGUACUAAGAUUAAUUGAUUAUUCUAAACGAACAGAUUGUCUAUUUGCGACAUCAAUAUAGUUAAUUUGAUCGUUAGUCUACGGCAUGGGAAGGUGAAUAAUUACAACCAGUGCAAAUAAUCUAGUGCAUAGAUAUUUUUAUAACAUCUGUUAUUGAUAACUGUACCCGAUCGAAACAUCACAUUCAUACACUGAACACGAUAUACACGAACAAUUGUAACGAUGUCCAAACUCACACUUUUUUUAAAUGUUGUAGAAGUUCUUGAGUGACAAUAAAGUCAUUAAUAAUU